CUAAUGGAAGUUUGAUGUUCUAGCUUCUUUUACAGAAGCCAUUCUCUUUUUACAGUGUUUAUAACAUUGCUGGUUGCAUACAAAUUCGAGAUCGUAGAGAACUUGAUCACUGUUCACUAAUGAAGGCCAAUUUCGUGGGCUUUGCCAGAAGACUAGCGACGCUACUUCCCUCCUCUCUGCUGCCUACACACCAUGGCCUCCGCCUUUAUUGCUCUCCCGCCCCUUCACCUCCUAUGAACAGCAAACUCUUCGUCGCUGGUUUAUCUUGGUCUGUGGACGAGAAGUCACUCAAUGACGCUUUUUCUGAUUUUGGCCAAGUUACGGAAGUGAGGAUAAUGUAUGACAAAGAUACUGGUCGAUCAAGAGGUUUUGGGUUUGUGUAUUUCUCUAAAGAGGAAGAGGCCAAAAGUGCAAAAGAUGCUAUGGAUGGUAAGGCAUUUCUUGGUCGUCCAUUGAGGAUUAGCUUUGCCCUUGAAAAGGUCCGUGGUGCACCUGUUGUAGUCCCUCGACUUACUGGCACCGGAGAUGGUGCUAGGAGGAAUCAUUGAAAUUUUAUGGUUCUAGUUUACCAUCCCUUGAUUUAGUUGAUGAUUUGUACUAGAAAACCGAUGGCUACCAUAAAGCAUCAUUAUACCAGUCCAGACAUUGUUAGUGUUUAAAAGGCAUAAGAUCCAAAACUGGACAAGCAGGUGAGAGUGGAUAAACAUCUACACCAAAAAGGAAACAACAGACAUGACAUUCUCACUGGAAAAACAUACUUUGUAGUAUAUGGCCCAUGGCACAUUGACAAUUCUUAUGCUUUUUUCCCUGUUUUACAGUGACAAUUUUACUCAGAUUUUUUAGAAAACAAAUUAUUACUGUCCC